AUGAAUACGGUACCAAAACUCAACGUCCGUCUGGUGAAACUCAACAACCGAUCCAUCUAUUUGAAGCAGCUCGAGGAGCAGUAUAAGAGAAAGUGGAUGAAGCCUAAGAUGACGGUGAAGAAGAUUGACGAUAUUCCAGAAGGGUCUGAUGAAGAAAAGCCAGUACAGAAGAAUCAAGAUAUUCCAGAAGGUUCCGAAGAAGAAAACCCAGUGAAGAAGAAUGACGACAAUCCAGAAGGGUCCGAUGAGGAAGAACCGGUGAAGAAGAAGCCAAAGAGAAUGAUGGGAGACGAUUUGAGGUCAGAGAAGGAGUAUUAA